AAAGAGAAAGAGAGCUAGAGGGAGAGAGAGAGAGAGAGAGGGAGGGGCCACGGCCUCAGAGAAACCAGGAAGGGAGCUGAGCUGUUAGGCUGGUGCCUGCGCUGCUCUGUGUGGAGAGAGAGAGAGAGAGCGAGAGAGCGAGAAAACGGAGCGAGAGGAGAAGAGCAAACGCAGCACCGUGACCAGCUCUGUCAGGGGCCAGAUCCUCCCCAGGACACGCCGGAGAGAGCGCGAGAGCGCGAGAGAGAGAGAGAGAGAGAGGCACGCUACCUCGACAGCCAGGAAGAGCGAACGCACUAGCGCUCUCUCUCUCCGUGUGUGACAGGCGUCGGGCGACGGCGCUGAGGAAGCAGCGGAAUCCCAGCAGAGGAGAAGAAGAGAGGGGGAGGAGGAGGAGGAGGAGGGGGGGAGGUUAACUGAGGACAGGCACAGCGGGAGCAGCAGCGGUGUGGGAGAACGAAGAGGGAGGAAGACGAGGAGGACCCCGCUGACACUCUGUUUGACCCAGUUACAGAUGCGGUAGCCAUGGAGACCCCAGCCGAGAUGGGCAGAGUGGCCUCGUGGCCAGUGACAUCGUCGUCGUCGGGGGCGAUCGGGGUCCUGGCGGCCGGCUGGUGGAAGAUGUCGUCGGGCGGGGCGGGCGGGGCGGGCGGGCGGGCCGGGGCGGGGGAGGGCCCCGUGGCGGUGCCGUUCCCGGACCACGCGGGCGAGGUUCUGGCGGCGCUGAACGGGCAGCGGCGCACGGGCCUGCUCUGUGACGUGCUGCUGGUGUCGGACGGGCGGGAGUUCCCGGCGCACCGCUCGGUGCUGGCCGCCUGCAGCGCCUACCUGGGCCGGCUGUUCGCCUCGGGCGCGGCCGGCCGGCAGAGCGUGUACGCGCUGGAGUUUGUGCGGCCGGAGGCGCUGGGCGCGCUGCUGGACUUCGCCUACACCGCCACGCUCACGCUCAGCCGCCACAGCCUGGCCCACGUGCUGCGGGCCGCCAGCCUGCUGGAGGUGGCCCCCGUCAGGGACGUGUGCGCCCAGCUGCUGGAGACCCGCGCCCUGCUGCCCCUGGGCGGAGAGGAGGAUGAGAUGGAGGACAGGGAGCGAGGGAAGGAGAGAGACGGAGAGCGGGCCGGCCGUCGGCAGGCGCAGGAGUACCUGGAGCUGUUCCUGCGGGAGGGGGCGCCCUGGGACCCCGCCGAACUCAGGGACCCUGCGGAGUUCAGGGGCCCCGUCGCUCCGCCCCUCCUCACCCAGCCCAACGGGCCCUCAGGCCAGGGCCCCUCAGGCCAGGGCCCCUCUGAGUACCACGCCCACCCCCUCACAGCAGGCGAGGAGAGGGAGGAGGAGGACGAGGACGAGGAGGACGAGGAUGAGGAAGAGGCGGCGAGGGCAGAGGCCAUCCUGGCCUGGGCGCAGGCGAGCGGGGGGGGAGGGGCUGCCACGCCCGUGUACGCCUCGCCCCAAAACGGACACCACUACCCCCCGCCGGAGCCCAAACCGGGCCGGGGGAGGGGCCGGGGCCGGGGCCGCGGGCGGGGCCGGGGCAGAGGGGGCGGGGUGUCGGCCAGCACCCUCCUCCAGCAGAUGAUGGAGUCUCUGGAGCGGCAGAAGGAGUGGGCGGAGCCAGCGCCGGUCCGGGGCGGCCCCCCGGAGGGGAAGGGGAAGCAGGAGGAAGAGGAGGGUGAGGAGGGAGAGGAGGGCGAGGGCGACAUGGAGUUCUACUUGAAGUACUUCAACAGCGUGCCGCGGCAGCCGGAGGGGGGCGGGGCAGGGGGCGUGGCCACGCCUCCCGCCCACUCACAGUCCCCGCAGGACAGCCCUAGCCCCGCCCCCAGCCCCGGCGGCGGAGGGGGGCGGGGCCGGGCGGUCGGGGAGAAGAAGCCGCGCUCCAAGGCCUUCCAGAAGUGCCCCAUCUGCGCCAAGGUGAUCCAGGGCGCCGGGAAGCUGCCCCGCCACAUCCGCACGCACACGGGAGAGAAGCCCUACGAGUGCCCCAUCUGCAAAGUGCGCUUCACCAGGCAGGACAAGCUGAAGGUGCACAUGAGGAAGCACACGGGGGAGAGGCCGUACCUGUGCCCUCAGUGUGGCGCCUCGUUCGCCCACAACUACGACCUGAAGAACCACGUGCGCGUGCACACGGGCCUGCGGCCCUACCAGUGCCCGCGCUGCCUGAAGACCUUCGUGCGCUCCGACCACCUGCACCGGCACGUGAAGAAGGACGACUGCCCCGGGCCCCCCCCCCGCCGGGGCCGCAAGCCCCGCAGCCGGGCCCCGGGGCCCCCGCAGCCGGCGGGCAGGGGCCGCCCGGAGGCCAGAGACACGCCCGGCCCCGCCCGCUACCCCGACCCCGGCCCCGCCCGCUACCCCGACCUCGGCCACGCCCACUUCCACGCCCUCGGCCACGCCCCCGGGUCGCCGGGGCAACUGGGGGUCAUUGCGAGAGUGGGGUCGUGA